UUUUGUUUUUUGUUUACAUUUCUUCUUCUUCUUCUUCUCUCUCUCUCUCGCCGUCAGGUUUUGCCCAAUAAUCUCGGUCGUCUUCACUCCCGCGAGUUUUUCUCGGGAAAAUUUCCCAAUUCCAAGCUCCAUUGAAGCAAAUCGAAGUCAAAGUAAAGAAGGUUUCGUUUCUCUUCCUUUUUCGACUUUGGAGCUUGUAAAUAGCGUAUGGAUUUUACCUGGUUAUGGAUAGAAUCAUAGCUCGUAUGAAGAAAUCAUCAGGACGAAGAGCAGAUAACACUAAGACUACUCCUGUACGGCGAUUAGAGAGGAGAGAUGCGACGAGGCAUAUCAAUUAUGAUGCUGGCUCUUGUUCUAGUUCGUCAGCUGAAGAUCUCUCCGUUUCGACUUCUUCGUUGAUGACUCGUUCUCUUGAGUUCCCAGAUCGAACUAGUUUUCGAAUCGGUGGUGGUGGUGAGGGAGAGAUGGAUCGGAUUUAUCGGUCUCUUGGUGUUUCUGGUCCUGAUGAUUUGGCUAUUUCGUUUGAUGCUUGGGAGGCUUGUAAGAAGCGUUCUUCUUCUGAUGUUGUUAAUAGGUUUAAGUCUUUUGAGCUUGAUAGUCAUAAGUUUCAGGCUCAGGAUUGGAGUGAUGCUGGUCGUAGUGGUGUUGAUGUUGGCUCUAAUUCAACGAAUGGGAAUAUUAGUAAGUUGACUCGUUCUCAGUCUAGGGAUAUUGGGAAUUUUACUCAGUUUAUGCCUUCCAAGACGAGUGAGGUUGAGAGUUUAAGUACUUCGGUGGAUAAUGAAGUAGUUGAUGGUGGUACGGUAGAGAAUAGGCGUGUUUUUGAACGGAGACCGACUAUUUUGGUGAAGUCAAAAGGGUAUCUUGUUCCCAAUGAUGUGGUGGCUGUUGGUGGUGGUAUAAAAGGGGUAAGACCACCGGUACUUAAGCCUCCUCCGUCGUUGAAACGACCUCCUAUUGAUCUUCACGGAUCAUCUUGGGAUUUCCUUACCCAUUUUGCUCCAGCUGAAACUGUUGCGCGUCCGAGUACCUCUUCUUCUUCCGAAAAUGGGUGUGUUGAAGAGGAAGCUAGGGAAGAGGAAUCGGAAAUGGAAGGUACGGGUGUUAUGUUGGGAGAUACGGCUGACGAGGCAUGCUCAUUCACUACAAACGAGGGUGAAACCUCUAGUACAGUGUCAAAUACUUCGCCGAUUUAUGCCUCUGGAGGAUCUAUCAUCACUUCUUGGCAAAAGGGUCAACUUCUGGGACGAGGAUCAUUUGGCUCUGUGUAUGAAGGCAUUUCAGGAGAUGGGGACUUCUUUGCUGUCAAGGAAGUUUCACUACUUGAUCAGGGAAGUCAGGCAAAAGAGUGCAUACAACAACUUGAGGGGGAGAUUAAACUACUUAGUCAGCUACAGCAUCAGAAUAUCGUGCGAUAUCGAGGCACAGCCAAAGAUGAGGCUAAUUUGUACAUCUUUCUUGAGCUUGUAACUCAAGGGUCCCUUUUAAAACUUUACCAAAGAUACCAGCUACGGUACUCUGUAGUCUCCAUGUACACCAGACAAAUUCUUGAUGGUUUAAAAUAUCUCCACGAUAAAGGUUUUAUUCACAGGGACAUCAAAUGUGCAAAUAUAUUGGUGGAUGCUAAUGGCGCCGUCAAACUUGCAGAUUUUGGAUUGGCAAAGGUGUCAAAGUUAAAUGACAUUAAGUCCUGCAAGGGAACUCCAUUUUGGAUGGCGCCAGAGGUUAUUAACCCCAAGCGUAAUGAUGGGUAUGGAAGUCCAGCUGAUAUAUGGAGCCUUGGAUGCACUGUGUUGGAGAUGUUGACUGGUCAGAUCCCUUACUCCGAUCUAGAACCCGUUCAAGCCCUGUUUAGGAUCGGAAGGGGUACGCUUCCAGAAAUACCUAAUACUAUAUCACAAGACGCUCAGGAUUUCAUACUUAAGUGUUUGAAGGUGAACCCGGAUGAGCGACCAACUGCAGCUGAACUACUAAACCAUCAAUUUGUGAGAAGACCCUUACCAUCCUUGAGCUCAGGAGGCUCAGGAUCAGCGUCUCCAGGUUUCUUUAGUAGAUUGCCUCAAUAGGGGUAACCAGAAGAUUUAUAAGCGAUUUAAACCCCAUAGAAAAACUAUCGGGGAGACUCGAGAUAUGAUUCUUCGACACACUAUGCGGUUCAGUAGGGUUCCGCAACAACAACAAGAAGAGCUAAACAAACAUCCUGGAGACAUAUAUAUAUAUCUUCAGGUAGUUUAUGUCUCUCACUUCGUUGGUUUAUUUGUUUGUAAGUUAUGUGUGUUGGGGGGCUUAUUUUUCAAAACUGAAGAGCCUUAGUUGAAUUAUAGUUUUUGGGUGUAUAGGUUUUGUUUUAGUUUUUGUUAAAAAUUUAUAGUGUAUCUAUGUAUCAUGUAAUGUUGUAAUGUAUAAUUAUAGUUGGUUCUUUUAUGUAGUGUUGUUGUUAUUGUGAACCAGUCUUAUUAUUUUAUCAUGUCUUUGGUUCUUAACGUUGACGAGA